AUGAGUGAAGACGGGGAUGUCUUUCAUCCCAUAGCCGACGAUAAUGGUUAUUCGAGGCCUCUUUCAUCGGCCAGUGAUACAUCCUCGGCUCGUCGAACAAAGAUGAAGAAACAAAAAGUAGUAAAAAAGAUGGAUGAAAAUGGGGAAUUAAGAUACUACAACCCAAACACUGGAGAGGAUGUCACGGAAAAAGUACUUAGACAAAAGAAGAAGAAGAAAACAUCCACUGCUGAAAAUGUGGUUGAGACUGAAAUGAAGGAAGUACAAAGACCAUCAAUUACUCCUCCACCAACUGUCAGAAACCAUUCCCCUAUUCAACCUUCUGUACCAGAUCAACCAACACAUCAGCUAACAACUCAACCAACACAAUUAGAUGAAACUGAAUCGGAUUAUAAAUCACCUGAAGAGGAUGAAACAAAAACUGGUCGGAAAUAUUCCCCUCCUUCGCAUCACUCACAACAUUCACAACAGAGUGAAACAAAGGAAGUGCCGAGACACACUAUUACUCCUCCACCAACUGUCAGGAACCAUUCUACUAUUCAACCUUCUGUUUCAAAUCAGCCAACAGAUAAAUCAGAAAAAUUGGAUGAAACUGAUUUGGAUUAUAAUCAAGAAGAUGAAACCAAUAGUGGUAGGAAACAUUCUCCUCCAGUUGCAGAAGAGAGCCAAGAUGACUCAGGAGAGUCCUCAGUUACUGAACCAUCUGAAAACGGUUUGGUCAAGGAAUCUCCAAUGGAUGAUCUCUAUAAGGAAUCUAAUCAACCAGCUGCAGCAUUAACUAGUGGAGCAGGUGGAUUAUCUGCAAUCAGUCAUAAUAUUCAAAGCCAGUCAAAUAACUUGUGGUCAAUGAGUGGAAUUUCGAAACUGUACCGAAGAGGAUUGAAUUUUGUGAGGACAUUCUCUUUUGUUGACCCUCAACAGGUGCCAGACAUUAAAUCAACUAAACAUGCGCUUUUUGAUUCCAGUAAGAGAAAUGAUACAGAGAAGAUGACAAGGCCGAUUUUAUCUCUGCACAUCAAAGGUGCUGAUAUGUUGACAUUGGAUGAACAUUUAGUUCACCCAUCUGUAAAAGUCUCAGUUUGUGAUAUUACAACUGGUCAAUACCUAAGAACAGCAACCCUAAAUGAUAAAUCCACUGAGGUGGUACUUCCACAAAUGACCCUUCCUUUCAAUAUGAAGAAAACCAAAAGCUUAGUUCCAGUUUGGAAUGACAUUAUGUAUUUUGACACGUUAUACAAUCACUUCCUGAAAGAUAAUGUUGUUUUUAUAUUUGAGCUAAUUGAUUUUAGUUUUGAGAAGGGUGAGUACCAGAUAGCGUGGGGGUUCCUUCGACCUGUAAGCACAAGUGGAAGAUCAAACUCAGAGAAGAAUCUAAGAAUAAGACUUUUCAAAUAUCCUAGAAAGUUACAGCAAAUUGACUGGUCAAAAUUGUUUUCUAGACCUAACCAACAAAACACAGCAACUCAACCAAAAGUACCUACCAUUGAAGCUUUUCAACUUUAUCAAUCAAGAGAUAAGGUUAAACUUUAUCCAUCAACUCUGUAUAUAGAAAUGAAGGCAAUUCAAAGACCUCCAAAGAGAAAAGUCGCCUACCCUAAUCGCCCUCAGAAACCUAAUGAAAUUGAAAUAGGACGUCUAACAUUGACCGAGCUUCUUGAAAGCAACAAUGAAGAGGUUGUAAAUAUUGUUCAGUCUGAAGAAAUUAAAGAGAAAAAGAAGGAACAAUCCCUGCAAAGGUUGAAAGUUAAAAGAGAGAUUAAUGAACCUUGUGAAAUACCAACAAAGUUGCUACAUCAAUUUGACUCUGGUGACAAGGGAUGUCUCUGUAUGGAAUUUUCAAAAUCAGGUCAAUACUUAGCUUGUGGAUGUCAUUCCACUGAUGGAAUUGGAAUUCUCAAGAUAUUCGAUAUUUAUGAAGGGUCAAUUAUGGAUGUACUCAAUGCUCACGUAGAGUUGAUAUACAGUAUUGAUUGGAACAAUGAUGAUUCUGAAUUGAUCACCGCCUCAUCCGAUGGUACAGUGAAAGUAUGGAAUGUGGAGUAUGACAAGAAGAAGAGCUCAGCAAGAAAGCCAAAAUUACUGGCCACCUUUCAACAUCCUUCAUUUGUUUAUUGUGCAAAAUUUCAUCCAACUUGCAAGAAGCUGAUAAUCACUGGAAGUUAUGAUAAGAGAAUUAGAGUUUUCAACAGAGAAACUAAUAAGAUUGUCAAAGAAUUAGAAGGUCAUACCUCAAGAAUUAGUAGUGUGUCCUUUGAUGUAGCAGGUACAAGAAUGUACUCAGCAAGUGGUGAUGGUGUUAUUAAAAUUUGGAGUUGUAGACUUCGAGAAGACUCCUCAGUUGAGGAUAUAACUAACUCGUUUGCUUGUAUGAGAACAAUACAGGAUAAUGACCUUACCAAAUCAGCUGUUACUUGCAUUAGAUCAGAUCCUAAAUAUUCCCAGGAAAGAAUAUUUGUGCAUUCACAAGACAACAUGCUUAGACGACUUGACACUGGUCUUAAGAACGUUAGAAACAGAUAUCAUGGUGUAAAAUGUUUCAUCAAUUCUCAAAAGUCCAACAUUAGUCCCGAUGGAAAAUACCUGAUAUCAGGCUCAGAUAUUGGAAAAGUCUAUCUGUGGAAUGUUGAAACUGAGGAAUUAAUAUUUAAAGAAGGAAAAGAUUAUGGUUUUGAAGAAUCACCUGUAUACGACAUUGCUUGGAGCUCUAAAGAACACGUUAUUGCAUUGUGUUCAUUUGAUGGAAACCAACCAAUAAGAGUAUAUUGUUUUGAAAAACCAGUUGACCAAUCAGCAGAAAAAGAAAAUCAUUCACAAGUGCCAAAAACUUCAAUGCCUGGAGUAGCUAUUAAAACAGACAAACCAGAACUAAACAAUCCCAACCUUACUGCAACUAAUACAUCUAACCAAACUGUAAAUAGAAAUAAUUCACUAUUCCCUUUCUCAUUUGGAAGGGCAAAAACUCCAGACCCAUUUAAACUCAAUCUUCCAACCCCUAAUAAUAGUUUAGCUAGACCUAAGACAUCAAUGAUUCUUAAAAGUGCAAAACCAUAG